AUGAGGUCAGACGGCUGGGCGGAGGACCUGCUGCCUGAGGAGAGGGAGGUUCCUCUGCUAAACCUCUACCUUACCACCAAGAGAGUGGAGGACAUCGCCCUGAGGCUCGUCUCCCUGCGCCAGGCCUUCACUACCCUGCUUGGUUCCACCCUGAGCAGGAACCAUCUGUUUGUGGCGGGAAAGGUCCUCCUGGGCGCACUGGUUCAGGCCAACCACAUGGACGAGGCCAAGUUCCUCCGUACCUAUAAGGACUUUGUGGACUACCUGAGUGACCCCUCCAAGCGGAAUGACAUUGAGAGGGAGCUGGCUGAGGCAAAGAUCCAUCAUGUGAACAUGAUAGAUGUCCUCUUUGAGCUGGUGCUGUUUGGGUUAAUGACAGCUCAGAAGUCCCUGAUGGUGCACCCUGGUGGGUUCGUGGAGCGUCUGUACGCUCUCCUGUACUCCUUCCUGCCCACUGCUGCCAACAUGGAGCCAGAGGCUGACAGAUACCUGCUGCUGCUCAAUGAUUCUUGUGACACUUUGCCACCCAACAGGGAUCUAGACACCAAUGCACUACAUUACUUUGCACUGAAUUUUAAAUUUUUAAAUAAAAUAAGUUGGCGCGUGGGGGGCGACAGGGGGCCUGGCUGGCCCUGA